ACUGCAACAAGGAUGACGUCUUUGGUGUUCACUCCACGUACCUACCAGGUGGAAAUGCUGGAAGAAGCAUUGAAAGGCAACACUAUUGUGUGCUUGGGGACAGGCACAGGCAAAACGUUUAUCGCAGUUAUGCUUAUCAAAGAGUUUGAGCACACCGUCAGGAAAUCCCUGUGUGAAGGAGGAAAGAGGAUUAUCUUUAUUGUACCUAGUGUUGCUCUGGUGGAACAGCAAGCCAACAACGUGAAGAGACACACCAGUUUGAAGGUGGGUCAGUAUGUUGGAGCAAUGAGUGUUGAUUUGUGGGACAAGGAAAAAUGGGACAAGGAGUUCCAAACAAACGAAGCUCUUGUGAUGACAGCACAGAUUCUGGUCAACAUACUAAACAGUGGAUUUAUUAAAUUACAACAGAUAAGUUUAUUGGUGAUGGAUGAGUGCCACAGAGCUGUCAAAAACCAUCCUUACAGUCAAGUGAUGGCAUGUUUUCAAAAAUGUGAGCAGUUUGAGCAACCUCACAUUUUGGGGUUGACAGCAUCGGUAAUAACUGCAAAGUGCAAACCUCAAAGUCUUGAGAAAAACAUCCGCGCCUUGGAAGCAACUCUAAGAAGUCGUUGUGUUACACUACAAGAUGAAACUGCAAUUCAAGAAUAUGGCACAAACCCUGACGAAGAAAUACUAAGUUUUCGUAGCAUAGAGGGUAUCUACAGUGAAGCUAGUUCUACCUUGCAGGCCUGCGAGGAUAAGAUGAAAAGUAGUGAUACCAAUGAGAUUGUGCUCGUGAUACAGAAACUGUUAAAGAAAUUUAUGAGUGAUUGCCAGCAUUUACUUCAUCAAAUAGGCCCGUGGGGACUGCAAAGGGCAGCUGUGUCAGUCAUUGCAAAGAUGUCUCAGCUGAAGGUUGAUCCUUUGGUUGCCAGCAGCAAAGCUGCUAUGUCAGCAUUGAGGUUAUGUGAGGAUGCUUUGAAUGCUUCUCUUGAACAGUGUCAAUCAGUGACAACUUCUAGUUCUUGUUUCCACUUAGGUGAAUUAAUUGUGUCACAGAAAGCUAAGCGUCUUCUUUUGUAUAUAAAGGAGAUUUAUGGCAGACUAACAGCAAAUGCAGCCCCUUUCUGUGCAAUUGUGUUUGUUGAGCGACGCAGCACAGCCAAAUUCUUAUGUGAUCUGAUUUUGCAAGCAGUUAAGGCAGAUUCCGCCUUGAAUUUUCUGAAGCCUGAAUGGACAGUCGGUGCAGGUGGGAUGGUGUUGUCUAUAGGUGAGUCUUCUGUCAUGAGAGCAUCAUAUUCAAGACAAAAUACAGUCUUAAAGGACUUUCGCAAUGGAAAGAGUAAUCUUUUAGUGUCAACCAGUGCUACAGAAGAAGGCCUUGAUAUUCCAUCAUGCAGCUUAGUGAUACAGUUUGAUUUACCAAAGGAGGUGCGUGCAUACAUUCAAGCUAAAGGCAGAGCUCGUAGAAGGAAUUCUAAGUAUGUUGUUAUGGCUGAAAAAUUGAAUGUACAACAAGUUGAUGAUGACUUAGAAGAUUUUCGUUGUAUUGAGCAACUGCUUGCUAGUAUCGGUAUUGACAGAAAGAUGCCAACUCAAGAAGAGAUAGAUGACCAACAGCAAGAUCUUCCAGAAUAUAGUACUACUGCAGGAGCUUGUGUUACCAUGGCAUCUAGCAUUGACUUAAUUAACAGAUACUGUGAUAAAUUACCUGGAGAUUGUUUCACUCAUCUGGCACCUCAGUGUGAGGUUUACCAGAAUGAGCUUGGAGAGGGCUUUGUAGCUGAACUAGAACUUCCACGUAAUGCACCUUACAAGGAUGUUUUAAAGAGUGAUGUUUGGUCAACCAAGAUGAAAGCAAAGCAACACGUUGCCUUACUCAUGUGUGAGAAGUUGCAUAAGAUAGGUCAGCUGGAUGAUCAUCUUUGUCCUGUACUAGAGGUUAUUUCAGACAGCGAAGGAGAAGAAGAGGAAGGUUAUGAGGAUGACAGUGAUUUGAAGCAGCGUGGUGACAGCAGAAAGCUGUAUGAAAUGAAAGUUCCUGAAGAUCUAAAAGACUGCAGACCCUUGUACGAUGUGCCUGUCUACCUGUACCAGAUUGAUGUAAAAUCAGUUUCAAGUGUGGUGUCAAUUGGAAGUUCUGUCAAUUGCUUAGGAAUUCUCAUGUCCAAACCAAUUUCUUUUUCUAUGCCAUCGUUUACAUUGUACCCCAAAACAGGAGAAGUUUGUGUCAAAUUGGAGCAGCAGCAUUUAGAUUGUAUCUCUUUGGAAGUUUAUCGGAAGAUUGAUCAGUGGCAUGAAAAGCUAUUCAACCAUAUUCUUGGCUUUGAGAAAUGCACAUCACUUUCCUUUUCAACAAUAGUUCAGAACAGAGGAUACAGAAUUGUGCCAUUAACUAAUGCAGGAAGAGGUAAUUGGGUGCUGGACAUGAAGCUUCUUUCUAAUAGCGAAGCCGGUUCACAAGAAUUGUUUACUAGUAGACAACAGCUUCAGCAGCUUGAAAAAAGUGAUCUGGUGGGCUGUGUUGUGAAGAAAUCAUACCAAGAGAACAGCAAACAGAGGUUUCGUGUUGUAGCUAUACGGCAUGACCUAAACCCAUCUAGUGAGUUUCCAGAUAUUGGGAAGGCUGCUACUUAUGCUGACUAUUUCAAUUCUCAAUAUAAUUUGAAGAUUAAAGACUUAGAGCAACCAUUGCUUGAAGUGGAGCCAUUUUCACGGAAGCUCAAUGCACUUGCAAAACCAGAAGAAGGAUCACGAGUUCCACGAAUGAUACAGUUGAUUCCAGAGUUGUGUAGUGUAUUUUCUUUACCUUCACAUAUAUGGGAUUCAGGCUUUCUACUUCCGUCAGUUUUAUGGAGAACUGAGCAAUUGCUGGUGGCAAAUGAGCUGCGGUUUGCUAUAGGAAUGGAAGAUGUAGCCUCACAGGAGUGUUCGGACAUAGGAAAUGAGGCAACAUCAUAUGUGUUCACGUCGCCACCAAUGAAAAGGAAGAAAGUAGCAGGAGAAGAUAGUAAAGAUGUAGAGGCUGUGAAUGAGCAUCAUAAAGAUAUUAGCAAUGAUUGGCUUACCGUGUCCAUUGAUUUUGAUUCUUCAAGCUGUGAGUCUAUGGAAUUAGAAGAUGGAGAGGUAGAGUCUUCAGAAGGAGAAGAUGAUGAGGGCAUGCCUUCUGUGUUCAAUAUAUUGACAGCACUGACGGCCAAGAGUUCUCAUGAUUUGUUCAAUCUGGAGCGUCUUGAAAUGCUUGGAGACUCAUUCCUUAAGCUAGCUAUCUCUGUGUCUCUCUUUUGGAAGUACAUCAACAAGCAUGAAGGCCAACUGUCCAAGAAACGGUCACGGAUUGUAUGCAAUGCCAAGUUGUUUUCUUUGGCUCGUAAAAGGAAUUUACCAUUGCACAUGUUUGUUACUGAAUUCCGUCCCUUAGUCAUGUGGCUGCCACCGGGAUUUAUACAGCUACCUGCUGUAGAAGAUGCAAAGCAGGCAGAGAUAGGAGAUAAGCCAGUUGAAUAUCGAAAGCAGAGAAUGUCUGACAAAUGUGUGGCAGAUUGUGUUGAGGCACUAAUAGGUGCAUACCUACGUUAUGGCGGGUAUUCCUCUGCUUUGCAUUUUAUGAAGUGGAUUGGUAUUGAUGUUCACGACUCAGUUAGUGAUGUCUUGGACGCUCACACUGUGGAUCAGCUGACAGAAUGCAUCAGCCAGAUUUCCACUGCUACAUUCUACUUCAACAGCACAUCUAGCAGCCAAAGAAACAUAUCUAUAGAAACUCUCUCGAAUGGAUUUCACCGUUUUGAGGAUUCUAUUGGUUAUGAAUUUAAAGACAAGAAGUGGCUUUUGCAGGCAUUAACGCACCCUUCAUAUUAUUUGAAUCGUGUAACAGACUCCUAUCAGCGGCUCGAGUUUUUAGGUGAUGCCCUUAUUGAUUACCUUGUUACUUAUCAAAUUUACACCGAUUACGAUGAUAUGAAUCCUGGAGAACUUACUGAUCUUCGAUCUGCAUUGGUAUGCAAUGAUACUUUUGCUGAAAUUGCAGUUGAACGAAACUAUCAUCACCAUUUGAAAGGGUUAUCCCCAAGAUUAUUCAAAGCUAUUGACUUGUACGUCAAGUCUAAACAGAAAGACCAAGUUUCGUGUGGAGAUACUGCUGUCAAAGACAUAUUGUGGAUGGAAUGUGACAUAGAAAAUGAGACUGUUGAUGAUGAUGAUGAUUGUGGUGAUGUUGGUGAUGAGGAUGAAGUUGAGGCGCCAAAAGUUCUUGGAGAUAUUUUUGAGUCUGUGGCAGGAGCCAUCUUUCUUGAUUGUGGACUAAAGCUGAAAAUCGUAUGGAACGUUUACUCAAAGAUGUUAAAGCCAUACAUAUCAAAGUAUGGCAGGAAUCCUCCAAAACAGCCGGUACGACAGUUGUAUGAGAUGUUCCCAGAUCGUUUGAUUUUCAGUGCAAACGAGAAAGAACCGGACGGAAGAUUGAGAUGUACAGUGACGCUACCUUGUGGAAAAAAGUUUACUGGUGUAGCUCGAAAUGGCAGACUUGCUAAAAUUGCAGCCUCCAAGAAGGCUGUUCGCUAUGUGGAGAAGAAAAAGUCGUGAUCAAAGUGAAGGUAAAUGUGAUAACUGUAACUGGGUGUGUGUAUGUGCAUGUGCGCGUGCGUAAAGGUGCACGCGUUUAGAAUAUUUUUGAUAUACGUAUUGCGGCUAGUCAAUUAUUAGAUAUACGGUGUUUUAGCAGUCUUGCAGUUGGUACUGGAAAUUGUGAUACUCGAUAUUAUGACUGACGUAGGUUUUAUUGAGUGGCUUAGUUUUGUAUUGUAUACUGUACUGCAUUUGCAAUCUAGCGUUAGAUC